GGGAUAGAAGGUGUAUAAUUUAAUUCAAAAAUUUUGGGGGACUAUAUCGCUCUCUCUGUGGAGUUCAAGUGGUAAAAUAGUCCCAUCCUGUCUAUUAUGCCCAGCAUUUUUGAAGAGUUCCCAUAAAAUCAAUUAUCAAAAAAAUUCUUGAAGAUCAUAUCUCGUUUUGAACGAUACUACCAUCCAAUUGAGUUUUAUGAAUGGGUUUUCCAUAACUGAGGAACAGUUGAUUCUCAGCAUUGUUCGUGCGAGCAUCUAAAAUACCUGGGAUCGAAGAAGAGUAAUUUGUGAACAAUGAGAAAUGAAGAAAGUGAUACGAUCAGUGCUGAUAACAUUAAUUUAAAUUCAACAGCCACUUUGCAUAGGCGUGAGGAUACGGGUACGCAAGAUGAGUUGACGUGGAAAUUUUGGCAAAAGAGACGGUACAUCUUGGUUUUUAUGGCAUUCCUGGGAUUUAUCAAUGUAUACGCAUUGAGACUCAAUUUAAGUGUUGGGAUCGUAGCGAUGACCGAACUGAAGAAUGUGACUCUAGAGAACGGGACAGUGGUUGAGCAGGCAGAGUUUGACUGGGACUCAAAACAGCAGGGUCUCGUUCUCAGUUCCUUCUUCUACGGCUAUAUCUGGACUCCAGUAAUAGGAGGGAUAAUCGCUUCAAAAAUUGGCGGGCACUAUCUGUUUGGGAUGGGAAUCGGAGUUACGGCUUUUCUGACCCUUCUCACACCGCUGGCGGCUGGACUUAAUAUCUAUGUUCUCGUUGCUGUACGAAUUAUUGAGGGAAUUUUUGAAGGAGUAACAUACCCAUGCAUACAUGCUAUCUUCAGCCUCUGGGCCCCUAUUUAUGAACGAUCCCGAAUGGCAAGUUUCACCUUUGCCGGUAGUUACGUUGGCACGGUGAUAGCCCUACCGCUGUCAGGAGUCUUGGCUGUUAGUUGGGGAUGGGAGAGUGUGUUCUACUUCUUCGGAGCUGUAGGCUGUGUUUGGUGUAUAGCUUGGUUGAUAAUAAUCAAAGCCAGUCCUGAGGCUGAUCCGUUCAUCUCAGAAGAAGAGAAACUGCACAUCCUCCGUAGUAUAGGUUCUAGCGAAAAGAAAAAGAUAAAACACCCUUGGAAGGCAAUAUUAACUUCAACUGCGGUUUGGGCUAUUAUUUCAUCACAUUUUGCCGAAAAUUGGGGAUUCUACACUCUUAUGACUCAGCUUCCAACAUUUCUGAAAGAUUCUCUUGGCUUUGAUCUUGGAGAAAGCGGUUUCCUUUCGGGAGUACCAUAUCUUACCAUGAGUUGCUUGAUGGCUGUCGGUGGGUAUCUGGCUGAUUGGACUCAAGUCAAGGGAUACCUAACCACUAGACAGGUGCGACGGUACUUCAAUUGUACAGCCUUCCUAGGGCAAACAGUUUUCAUGAUGCUGGCUGCUUACCUUCUACAUCCAGCUUGGAGUGUCGUUUGCAUAAGCUUAGCCGUUGGUCUCGGGGGUUUUGCACUUUGUGGAUUUCUGGUGAAUCCUCUGGACCUGGCACCUAAUCAUGCAUCUGUGAUAUUUGGUUUCUCAAACACAUUUGCUACCAUUCCAGGGAUAGUUAGUCCCCUACUUACAGGAUUUAUUGUAUCCAGCAAAAGUGAAAGUGAAUGGCAGAUAGUUUUCUAUAUAACAGCAGCUAUCUACCUAUUUGGAUGUACAAUGUAUUGGUUUUUUUGCAAAGCAGAACUUCAACCAUGGGCUCAAACAUUCUCAUUGGAUCAACCAAUUGAUUCACCGAAAACUUGUGUGAAAAAUCCAGAUAAUACCGUGUGAUACUGUAAAGCAGGUGCGACACUAAUUAGGUAUACUAAAUGACUUAGUGCUUUAAAAAAAAUAUAAAUAUUGAUAUGGUUAUCAAAUGUGAAGUACUGCAGAGAUAAAAUUAGACACAUUCCGAUAAUGCCAAUUAGAUUAUUAAUGUGUGUUUUUGUUUUCUUGUAAAUUCCUAUCUACUACAAGGCUCAUCCCAUAUCUCUCCGAUUCCAAUUGCCAUAACAAAUGAAGUAGAACCACUUGUUGAAGAAAUACGCUCAGGGAUAUGGAUUUGUACACUUUGAAAUAAAUCAUAAUGGUGACUAGAUAUCUUAUUCUAAUCAGAAAGGAUAGGAAGUCAUAUCAAUUUUCAAAGUUAUUUAAAUUUAGUUUUGCUGAAUCUUACAUUUACAACUAAAAUGUAUGAGACAAAGAUGGGUCCAAUGUACCAUCCAUUGGAGAACACCCACAAAGAGGUGGCAAAGUCCAUCAGGACUAUGAAGUAGCGGUCGUGAUUUUAGGAUCAGAAUUGUAUAUAAACCCAGGAAGAAAUAAACGUUUAGUUCAGUUCACCCC